AUGCUGCUGUACAUAUAUAUCUUGUUAUUUAUAACAAAUGUAAAGGGAUCAGGAAGAACUCUUCAAUGCUUCCAGAAUGUUUACAGUAUAGCCAGUUUUAUUGGUCCGCAGUAUUCUGGAACUGUGUAUUUCACAAAGCAUGGCUCAAGUCUCACAGUAACUGGAUAUUUAUCAGGUUUUCCGCGAAAUAAAUGGUUGGGUGUUCAUAUACAUGAAUAUGGUGCAUUAGGUAAUGGAUGUAAUGACGCCGGACCACAUUUUAAUCCGUUUAACAGUGACCAUGGUGGACUAACAGGUUCGCCAAGACAUCCUGGAGAUUUUGGAAAUCAUUAUGUCGAUCAAAAUGGUAUUUUGACUCUUGAUUUCGAUGUUGAUAUUUCUUCUAUUACUAAAUUUAAUGGGUUUCUUGGAAGAGCACUGGUUAUCCAUGAGAAAGAAGAUGACUUAGGCAGAAUGGGUGAUGAUGGAAGUCGCAAGACAGGCAAUUCCGGCAAACGUUUGACAUGUGCUGUAGUUGGUGUUUGGAAAGCUCCAUAA